GAUGUUGGCAGCCACUAAACUAAACCGAAAGGUGUUCCGGAGCGUGAAAAUGGUGUGGGAGGAAUGCCACCGAGCUUCCCGUAACCAAAAGAAAGAGAGAGAGAGAGAGAGAGAAUAUUCCAAAGCCAUCAUAAUCAGCAAAAAUCGACAGCUUGCAGCUGACAGGCAGUAUUUGUAAUCCAAAUAACAGAUCUUUCCAGACUCUACGUUCAGAAGACAACAUAUAGAGGUCGAUAAAGUAAAGCCAUACCGUGGCAACCACAUUUCCACAACAAAAACUUGAUUUCUGGAAAGUGUCAUCACAGAGAUGGGGAAAACGUCAAAAGACAAACGUGACAUAUAUUACAGAAAAGCUAAGGAAGAAGGAUGGCGAGCACGAAGUGCUUUUAAAUUACUCCAAAUUGAUGAGGAAUGCCAAAUCUUUGAAGGCGUAUCCAAAGCAGUGGAUCUAUGUGCUGCGCCUGGAAGCUGGAGUCAGGUCUUGGCUCGCAAGUUGAAUGAGAACUAUAAGAAAGCCUUAGAAAGAGAAUCAGAUAUAUCUCCUCCCAAAAUUAUAGCAGUUGAUCUACAAGCAAUGGCACCUUUGGAAGGAGUUAUUCAACUACAAGGCGACAUUACCAACACCAAUACAGCAAAACAGAUCAUAGCGCACUUUAAUAACACCCAAGCAGAUCUGGUCGUAUGCGAUGGAGCACCUGAUGUGACUGGUCUACACGAUAUGGACAUAUUCAUCCAAUCGCAGUUGCUGCUAGCUGCUUUGAAUAUAACCACACACAUCCUGAAACCUGGCGGUGCAUUUGUUGCGAAAAUCUUCCGUGCCAAAGAUAUGUCGUUUUUAUUCGCUCAACUGAGGCUGUUCUUCCCUUACGUGUAUUGCGCGAAACCUAGCAGUUCCCGCAAUUCGAGUAUCGAGGCUUUUAUGGUGUGCAAGAAAUACUCGCCGCCAGAGGGUUAUGAGCCGCACAUGAUGAAUCCUCUGCUGACAUACGAGCCAUGCGACUUCCACAAGCUCACGGGAGUCAACAGGAUUAUAGUCCCAUUUGUCGUGUGCGGGGACUUCAAUCAGGUCGAUUCCGACACGAGUUAUCCACUGGACCACAAAGGAGAGGAGUACAAGUAUCGCGAGCCAGUGCAGCUUCCUUUAGCACCACCCUACGAGGAAGUGAUGUCCCUGUCGAGGAACAGAAACUUCCACAUGGCCGACGUUAGCGUGAUAAUCGAGAACGAAAUUUCUGCCUUUAAGAGGGAAGCUUUGCAGGAGUGUCAAGCCGAGAUAAGUGCAGAGGCGAGAGCAACGCGACAGGAUCAAGAGCAAGAUGACGUCUCUCUCCAAGAAGCACCCAUAGAAGCGUUACAAAAUUUAUACGUAUCUGAUGAAAACAGAGAUAAUUGAAUUUCUACAAAGAUAUUUCCACA